CGCCCUUUGCUGAGAGAGAAGAAGAAGGAGCAGAGAGAGGAGAAGUUAUUUCCUUAGUGUUGUCCUGUGUGGUGAGGAUCCUGUGUGGUGAGCAGGUCUCUGGUCUGCAAAAUGUGCAGAACAUGUGUGCCAUGCCAAAGUGAGCUGAUCACUGGGCGGGCUGGUUUCACACCUUCGGGGCUAACAAACCAGAGGGGAACAGUCUGAGUGUCUGGACUCCAUCUGCUGCAAGCCGAAGUCAGAGAGCAAAAUGCUGGAGAAAAUUAAGAAAGGGCUCACAAUCAAAAACAGAACAGUUAGGGAGGCGCUGGCUGAGGCCUUGGGGACAUUCCUCCUGAUGUUCUUUGGUUUAGGUGGGGUUGCUCAGGUGACAUUAGGAAAAGGAGAAUUUGGGAAGUAUCUGAGCAUCAACUUGGCAUUCGGAAUUGGCGUCACUAUGGGGAUUCAUGCAGCCGGCGGCAUCUCUGGAGCCCAUAUGAACGCCUCAAUAAGUGUCACACACUGCGUCUUAGGAAAUCUUCCCUGGAGAAAGCUGCCAGCUUACAUAAUCGGCCAGUUCCUGGGGUCCUUCUUGGCAGCAUCCCUAGUGUUCUGCAUGUACUAUGAUGCGCUGUGUGAAUACUCCGACGGACACUACAUUGUGACGGGACCUAAUGGCACAGCUGGGAUCUUUGCCACCUACCCUGCUCCGUAUAUGACUCUGCUGGGGGGAUUUGUAAAUGAGUUCCUUGCCACAGUGGUGCUCAUGUUGUGCAUUCUUGCCAUCUAUGACAAGAAGAAUAAUGGAGCCCUACAGGGCACUCAGCCUGUGAUCACUGGGCUCCUGGUGUUAGUGAUCGGCAUGACAAUGGGAAUAAACACUGGAUAUGCAAUAAACCCCUCCAGGGACCUGCCUCCAAGGAUCUUUACUGCAAUAGCAGGCUGGGGAAUUGAAGUCUUUAGGGCUGGAGAUUACUGGUGGUGGGUCCCACUUGUAGCCCCAACACUGGGAAGUCUUACUGGUGCCUUAGCCUACAAGCUCCUAAUUGACUUUCACAAUCAGACUCCACUGGAAGGCGGAGAUGGGAAAGGAAAGGAGGAUUUGCAGACUAACCAGGUGUGAUGUCCAAGUGUUGCUAGGACAAAGCUGGAAAGGAAAGUUCAAUCAGCCACACACGACUUCAUCACUGGAUUAAGUGUUCAACCCUGCCUUCAGUGAACUUCUGUUUUCAUACCACUAAUUAAAUAACACUCAGUAACUCAGUGGAUAAUGUCCAAGGGACAUCAGUUGUACCUGUAGUUAUUUACUCACACAAUCUGUAGGUCUUAAAAUGGAGGAAAGGAGGACUUGUGGCACCUUAGAGACUAACCAAUUUAUUUGAGCAUGAGCUGUAGCUCACGAAAGCUCAUGCUCAAAUAAAUUGGUUAGUCUCUAAGGUGCCACAAGUCCUCCUUUUCUUUUUGCGAAUACAGACUAACACGGCUGUUACUCAGAGACUUAAAUGGAGGGUGGCUUUUAAAAGUCUGUGCAACUCAAUCAGACUAGUUGAGAUUUCUGGUGGACAGAACAGUAUUGAGUGGGGCUGAAAGUGGCUCUGUUCUAAACUUCAAUGGAAGUUUAAGUGUCUUAACUUUUUUUCUUUAUGGAAAUAAUACAACAAACCCAUCACUCAGGUGGAAAAAACAAAGCCGAGUGAUUCCACACAUGUAAUUCUGCAGCAUUCUAAAUGCAAAAUUCACUAGCUCGGAGUGGAAUGCAUCCGAUGAGGUGAGCUGUAGCUCACGAAAGCUUAUACUCAAAUAAAUUUGUUAGUCUCUAAGGUGCCACAAGUACCCCUUUUCUUUUUGUGAAUACAGACUAACAUGGCUGCUACUCUGAAACCUGUAGGUAUGAGUGUGCAGAUCACGGAGUGUCCUGUUGUGUAUCUCUGUUAAUGCUACUACACUGAACUAAUAGCUGCUCAUGAAAGGUUGUCACCCACCCUCAAAGCCAAGACAUUUGGGGCAAACAAGGGCUGGAGUGAGGACAAAGGGCUCUUGAAGUCCCUGGUACAGCUGGGGGAGGAUUCCCUCAGCACAGUAACCACAGUAAACAGCCUUGCAAGGACCCCCUUAACUCCUGGUGUAAGGGGCCUGCCAGGGACAGGGAUAAGGCUGACAGGAACCUGUUAGGAGUUGGGCAGUAGCCCUGCAGAGAUUCUGAGCUGUGUUGCCACACACAGGGCUGUCUCAGUUACAGUGGGGGCCAGGGAACAACCUAAAACUGGGAUCAGGAUUAGCUUAAAGCCAUCUUAGGCCACUCCCUCACGGCUACCUAUUCUGUGCUGCACCUCUUAGAAGCACAGCAAAGACUCUUGUCCUCGGUCGUGUGUGCAUGCUCUUUAGAGGAUCUGCUAUUCUUCAAAAACCACUCAUUUUGGAGGAAAAUAUUAAAAUACAUCACCCUUCACUUAUACAGUGCUUAAUACGUACAAGGGCUGUACAAACACCGAGUAAAUAACCCCCACAACACCUUGUCAUGUAGUUUGAUAUUAUACAGUUAUGCAAGCAUGUUAGCAGUUAGACACACCCCAAUGUAAAGAAUCAUUGCUUGUUUUGAGAUGGUGCCCUGGAUUUCUCUCUUAGACACCCAGAUUGACACUCACAUCCGAUGAAGUGAGCUGUAGCUCACGAAAGCUUAUGCUCAAAUAAAUUGGUUAGUCUCUAAGGUG